CGGUCGCGUGCACACUCAAACGCAAAUUAGUCCUCGAAGAUGGUGCACAUAAAAUGCAGGACCGGCUUGUACCCGUUCAGCGAGAUCCGCCGUUUCGUCCUCACCGAUGCCCAAAUCCCAUGGGCCGUCCCGGUCGAAAAUUACUCGCCCCCCGACUACGACUCGCCUGUUUUGCAUAACAAACCCUGGGCUGACCCCCCUUGUGAUGACCCGAAUUUCCGCCCAAAAUGGAACGCCCUUGACGGUAAAACCAACCGGAAGAGCCACACCGGCCCUUAUAAAAUCAUCGACGGACGCCCCCUCAAUCCCGAAGGCAGGACCGGCUUAAAAGGACGCGGCGUUUUGGGGAAAUGGGGCCCUAACCAUGCCGCUGACCCUGUUGUAACACGAUGGAAAUCGCCGAAAGAAUUGCAUCCAGGGACGAAAUUGCCGAUUUUGCAGUUUUGCGCCAUCCAGAGACGGGAUUGCGGCCAAUGGGCGAUUCCUGGAGGAAUGGUCGAUCCCGGAGAAAGUGUGAGCGAGACUUUAAAACGGGAGUUUCUAGAGGAGGCGUUUAAUAGUUUGGAAAAUUCGGAUAAAGCAAAUGAGGAAAUGAUUUCGGGGUUUUUCUCAAAGGGUGAGGAAAUUUUUAAGGGGUAUGUCGACGACCCCAGGAACACUGAUAAUGCAUGGAUGGAAACUGUAGCUGUGAAUUUCCACGAUGAUAAUAACACAACUGUCGGAAAAUUCAAACUACAGGCAGGGGAUGAUGCAAAAAAUGUCAAAUGGAUUGAUAUUGACUCAAAAUUGGAUUUAUAUGCAAGUCAUUCUAAUUUUAUCCAAGCUGUAGCAAAACUAAGACAGGCACAUUGGUAAAAACACAACAAUUAUUAUAAAUAAUCUAUUUUUAUACAGAAUUUCAUAAUUAUGUUAUGCCACUCGUUGAGAUAAUUAAUUCUCUCGAGGCUCUGUUUUGUACUAUGAUAUGCACAACACAAAAUAAUUCUUUUUCUUUCAAUAAAUAUUUUAUGUAAC